UUUCAACUUGCUUUCUCUUGAAUGUUGAUUGUAAUAGUUAAAUAUAUCAAUGUAUAAUUAAUAUUGCAAUAAUUAUAAUAUCAGUAUUUCAAAAAUCUUGAUCUUAGUAGAUACAGUAGAUGCGUACUAUUAGUCUUUAUAUACCUCUAUUGGAAAUAUAUUGACACAUAACCUAUAAUUAAUAUUCGUUAAGGGAAAGAGUGUAAAUUAUAAAACUGGACAAAAUUUGUGUUGAACUCUUUAAAUAUGCAAAUCUUGAUUCAAGCCAGACCCUUAGUAGACAAAUUAAAACAUUGGCGUCAAGCACUCUCGUUCAAUGAGUUUCAUUUAACAACAUCUCAAAAGGUUGUACUAUGGAGCAUAGGAGUUGUGGGAACUAGUGCUAUUGUAGUUGGAGUACUAUCUAAAUAUUUGGCAAGAAGGCGGGCUAAACCAAUAUUGAAUCCCAGGAUUCAAAGGGCUAUUAAUAAAAGAAUAUCACGUAUGAGAAGUCCCAAUGGAGGUAUGGGAUCCGUUGCUAGCAGCGGUGGCCGUAGCAGUCCACUCGGAUUUAGUGAGCGACUCUCCCUUGCUUCGGGUUCUCUUGGUUCUGGUGGUGGAGAUGCAGCACCUCUUUCUCCACAGCAGCUUGGUGUUAUGGGUAUGGAAGCAUUAGAAACGAGUAUAAACUAUUGGGAGGACGCUCUAGCGGCUUUUUCGCUGGGUGCCCGAGGUGGCGUAUCGGGCACACUGGCGCUCACAUCGCCCGAGGAGGCGGAGUUUUGUCGCGAGAUACAAGAUUUGUUGCAGAAUGCUUACCUCUUGCAGGAGCGGUGCGAGCUGCUGUUCCUGGACCAGCGGUCGGUGUUGUUCCGGUCGGAGAGCGGCGGCGGCGCGGCGGAGGGCGGGUCGUUAGGCGGGCGGCGGUCGCGGCUGUUGUCCACGCACACCGCCUCCUCGCACACGCGCCGCGACCACCACUCCAGCGCGGAGUCCUUCGCCUCCGCCGAGGACCAGGUGGCAGAUCUUAGAGAUUUCGAUGAGUUCACCGAGAUAUUGCCUGAAUUAGAUAAUUUAGAAUUAUAUCAAGUAGCAGUAAAGCAACUGGAAUCUGGUAUACCUUAUAGAACACUUCGUACUGAUGUAGUACAAUGUAGUUCAGAUUCGGAGUUCCUGUGUAAGCUUCAUUGCCUCAGGCUAGCCUUCCAAAAUGUAUUCAAGGAUGCGGCCAUUUGGGCGUGGUUCGUGGAUGCUGGCAGACAAGUCCUUACAGACUUACUGCUUUUUGCUGAUAAGGAGCCGAAAGAAUUCUUAGUAGCAUAUGAAGAAAUGGUGUCAUGGACGACAGAUGGCACUAACUGGCCGACUAUUGAAAAGGAACUUUUUAGUAAAGGCGUCAAGGUUCUGACGUUUUAUGAUGUGGUACUAGACUACAUACUGCUGGACGCUUUCGAGGAUCUAGCGGCGCCGCCCUCGUCUGUACUGGCAGUCGUCAGGAAUCGAUGGCUCUCCGACGGGUUCAAAGAGAGUGCCUUAACAACAGCAGUAUGGUCAGUUAUAAAGGCCAAGAGACGUUAUUUGCAGUACCCUGAAGGUUUCAUGUCGCAUUUCUACUCAAUUUCGGAGCAUCUACUACCAGUACUGGUGUGGGGUUUUCUAGGACCAAGGGAACGUCUCCGCGAUGUGUGCCAAAGUUUUCAAUCAGAGAUAGUAGGCUUCAUAACGGAUCUAUUUAGUUUCCAAAAGUGCCGAUAUACCACAGUAGAAGACCUCUCCGUAGAUAUAAUGCAACACGCUCGCCUAAGAGCGGCAAACAUCACAGAUAAGAUAGCGGAAAGAAACUAGUGUCACUGUCACAAUAGUAAGUGAGACUGACCGCCAUUGUCAAAACAGAGAAAAAAAAUUGGCGCAAUUAUAGUUACAAAAAGUAACAUUCCCUGAUCUUAAUUACGUAACGCACUUGUUAACAAUUCUUAUUUCAAUGAAAUUAAAUCCUACUCAUACUGUUGCAAUUAUAUAUGACCUGUUUAACAAUUGUAAUUGCUGAUGUUAUAAGCUACCUAUUAGUCGAUUCUAAUAUGUUACACUCAAGAAUUAUUUGCAAUUGCGUUACGUAAUAAAACAGCUGUUAUCGAUUAAUGUUUUGAUUUGUUGUAACUGGUUAUAGAAAAUGUAUUAUGAUAAUCUCUGCAAUAACGUACUUCCUCAUAAUAUUUAAGAGAAAGUGAUUGUAUCAGCUGCUAUUAGUUAUCAGUCAAUCUACAUAAUAGCUUUGAAAUUAACACUAAGCUUCUUAUUAUAAUCUCAAUGAGCAGUAUUCAAUCAUUCACUGAAAUCAUGUAUUUAUUAUAGUGACCGUUUUAUAAUACGGUGUAGUAUAGUUCUCGCAAAGUAGUAACAGUUGCAUUUUUAAUAUUAUAAUUUACGAGAUUUCGAAGGUUUCUUCUGAGGAUUAGGUUUCGUUCCCGACUUGGGACUGGGUUGGACAAUAGAUUUUACUUAUGCUUAUUUAGAAUAAUGGUUAGAGAAUUUUUGAAAUAGAUGCAAUUCGUUUAGAUAGUACCUACUCUAUAAAUAAACUCACAAAAUUUGUAUUCUUUAAAACACUGUAGUAAUACAUUGAAAAAUAAAAAGUUACGUAAUAGCGUAUUACUUACUCAAUUAAUUCAAUUAUGUAAAUUAUUGACCGUGUAUUAUCAAAAGAUUAAAAAUUAUAUGCUUUUAAAUUGCUAUUCACUGUAUUCUCAAUCAUUUUGGAGUUGUAGUAUUUAUUUGAAAAACUAAAAUAAUUUUAUUUGUUGUAUUACUGU